AUGAUGAUGUACGCUACAGCCUCUAAGAUAAAAGGAAAUGGAGAUAGGAGGGUGGCUAAAGCCAUUAUCGUCGGCUUUGUCGGUCAGUUGAAAGGAUGGUGGGAUUUCCACCUAAGCGACUCGGCUAGGACCCAGAUCUUAAACACUCAAGUGACCAUUGGCCAGCAAAGUGUACAGGAUCCAGCAACUUGA